GAUCACUCUGCCCCUCGCAGGCUAUACACAUCCCCUUAUCCUCACCAUGGCUGAGUCCCCUGCAGACCCCAUGCCCACGGGCGCAGGUGCGCCCUUGCGACAGCCCAAGAAGCGCUUCGUCGGACGACGCACAGCAGACGCUCAGGCGCAGAAGGACUCCUCAUCCACACCCACCGACGUCGAAACCCCCACCAGUAUACAAAAAGCCACCCCGCGCCGCAACCCACGCACCCUCAACCAGGUCCCGCCCGAAAUCCUCUCUGACCCCGAAAUCCUCGCCGCGAUCGAGCUGCUCCCACGAAACUACUCGUUCGAGAUCCCCAAAACGAUCCACCGGAUCCGUUCAUCCAACGCGAAACGCAUUGCGCUCCAAUUCCCGGAAGGCCUACUCAUCUUCGCGACGACGAUCUCGGACAUCCUCACCCAAUUCUGCCCGGGCAUCGAGACCCUCAUCAUGGGGGACGUGACAUACGGCGCGUGCUGCAUCGACGACUACACGGCACGGGCACUGGGAUGCGAUCUGCUGGUGCACUACGCGCACAGCUGCCUGAUCCCGGUCGACGUAACCAAGAUCAAGACACUGUACAUAUUCGUGGACAUCAGCAUCGACACGACGCACCUCCUCGCGACGCUCGAACGGAACUUCCAGCCCGGGAAGACGAUCGCCACGGUCGGCACGAUCCAAUUCAACGCCACCCUGCACGGACUGAAGCCCGUUCUCGAACGCGCGGGGUUCAAGGUCCUCAUCCCCCAGAUCACCCCGCUCUCCAAAGGCGAGAUCCUAGGCUGCACGUCCCCCACCCUCUCGGAGAAAGAAGUCGACGUGCUCCUCUACCUCGGCGACGGUCGCUUCCAUCUCGAAUCCGCCAUGAUCCACAACCCCGCUAUCCCCGCCUACCGAUACGAUCCCUACUCGCGCACGCUGUCCCGCGAGACAUACUGUCACGAUGAGAUGCACACGCUGCGCCGGGAUGCCAUCAACACCGCCAAGUCGGCGAAGAAGUGGGGGAUCAUUCUGGGGUCGUUGGGACGGCAGGGCAACCCGAAUACCAUGGCCAUGAUUGAGAGGCAUCUGGAUGAACGCGGCAUUCCCUUUGUCAAUCUGCUGCUGAGUGAGAUUUUUCCCGGCAAGUUGGCCUCCAUGGCCGAUGUCGAGUGUUGGGUGCAGAUUGCUUGUCCGCGGCUGAGUAUUGAUUGGGGGUAUGCGUUCUCCAGGCCGCUGUUGACGCCGUAUGAGGCGUUGAUUGCGCUGGGGGUAAGGGAUGGGUGGGACGAGGAGAAUGGGGGCGUGUAUCCGAUGGACUUCUAUGCGAAGGAUGGGCUCGGGAGGACGAAGCCUCAGGUUCUUGCUACUUGAACUUGAGUCGGUUCCGAUGAGAAGAUGGGGAGGUGGCGACUGAGAUCAGGUCAGGCCAGGCCUUGUAAUGAUGUCAAGUGAUUUUGCAUGAUGCAUAUGACUAUAGAGAUUUAUUUUUUUUAUUGUUUAUAUCUUAUAUCUUAUAUCUUAUAUACCAGCUGCCGCGGGGGGACUGGGUGAUGAAAAAAAAAGUUU